AUGGCCACGAGGUCUCCUUCACGUGAGAUUCACGAUAACGAGAGAGCCAUGUCCGCCAACGACAUUCAAGCUGCUUCUCGCGGCGCUAUGCCUCAAGCUGGCCCCAACGAUCGCGUCCUCACGGCUUGCCGCCGCUUCAGAAAGGUGGAGGUGAACAAGCCUCUCGAAGGAGGCGAUAUUUGCAUGGCAGUCGAGAACUGUACCACAGGUUCCGUCCCACGAAAGGUCAUUUCCCAUCUUUUUGGUCGCAACAAGGUCUGCACUCGCCGCAUCCCUGAACGGGUCUGGGUUUGCAUGUGCCGCAAGCAUUACCAGCGAAUGCGGUAUCGAAAGGGUGCAGACUUCAGCGUGACGCAGAUCGGGAUGGUCUAUGAGCAGAUUGUUCGCAUGAUCUUCUGGAGCCGAGGUUUGGAAAGCGCCAACAGAGUCAACCAAGAGGCCAUUACCAUUCGAUCCUGGACAUUUUCAAUCCGCAAGCGGGAGCUUAAGCGUCUCGUUGACACCAACGGGCGGGACCUUGUUCCUCGAUGGAUUGUUCAGAGCCUCGGAGAUGGAAAGACUCAUGACGAGAUCCUCGAUAUUGUCGAACGUCUACACCAUGAAAUUCAACAAGGUAUCCUGAAGGAUGUCCCCCCUGUCGAGUUUCUUCCCGAAGUUGUCGACGCCUACACCAAUGUUCCUGCCCAGCUCUCCACUCACAUCAACCGCGAGAGUUCCAAUGAGGUUGACGUGUCAGCCAUCAACCGGUCUGGCCGCCUGGGGCAGCUUGGAGAGGCUACAGAGUCUCCCAUCUCUUUUGUCAAGGACUCUUCACCCCUCGAACCCGUCCAAGAGGAAGGGUCCAUGAGCGAGCGCAGCAGCGAGGCCUUUUCUUCGCCCACUCCCCCCGCAACUUUUGACGAUCGCCAGUACGGGCUUAGGCCUGGCCAUCACAACCAGCAGCAGGCCGACGAUGCACACAGCCACACGGCCAACUACGCGUUCGGAGCCAGAUCCCCCCUUGUCGACCCUGGCAUGACUGCGUUCGCCGAUAGACGCGGUAGCGUCCCCUAUUAUGACAGUCAGAACCCAACACAACCCUCACUGAAUCACUUCGGUAUUAAUUAUCAACUGCAGGCUCCAGCGAGCGAUCCCCGAGGAUCACACGAUAGCAUGUUUCAUGCUCCGGGCACCUAUACAGGUGGCGGCCAACGUGGCCCAACUGAUUUUGUGCUGAUUGAUAGACCCUCCAGCUAUUUGAACACUUCGGAAAUAAUGCCACAGGGAGGCUACGAGAUGCAUCCCGAAAGCUACGGUAACCUUGGCACUCGUGAAGCCCAUGGCCUGUAUGGUACACCAGGUGAAUACCAGACCCCGCCUAUCUACUUCAACCACCCUCAGCGAGUUGCCCCGGCACGGGCUCAAGAGGAUGAACGGUACUACCGUGAGCCAUUACCCCCCCGCUCUCGGGUAAGCGCGGUAGAUCAGGAUGCUUUGCUGCUCUUGUCGAUUUCCGAAGAGCCGUCGACUGCUUACCAGCAGCCUCUUGAGGCUCAGGAUCUUGCCUGGUACCAUGGCGAAGCUGGAUCGAACGUCAGCGCCGGCCGCACCGUGAACCAGGCUCCGUGGCAGUCUGCGGCCCACGGCUAUGAGGAUGGGUCUCCCAGCUUGCGUCAACGCUCGGGACAUUACUCGCCUGGCCGAGAGGCGACUGUCUCUCACAGCCCUGGUUGCCAUCUUAAGCAUCGUGGCAUGGCCGGAUUUGACGACAACCAUUCCCGCGGCCAUCAUUCUGGCUACCAGCCAGACGAACCGAUUGGCGACAAUGAGUAA